GACCACUUGUUGAACAAUCUACGAGUACCAUCAGCAGUAGCGCUGACAUCAGCGGGCAAACCUAAGGCGGGCAUGUUGUACUAACAAAAAUCGAAAUGAAAGGAUAAGCAAACAUUUAAAUACGAUACGGAUGGAUGGAUAUUCUUAUCUUAUAGAGUUUCCAUCCAUCCUAAUGGAUGCAUUUGGAUGCAGUAUUUUACCUGUAGUGUGAAAGAAGGGACAUUCUAUUUGGAAAUCCUUGCUCGUUUUGUCAGUCUGCCGCAUAUAUACUUAUUUCUGCUGUCUCUGCCUCUUGUUCGCUUUAACUUCAGGCCCACCAGAUGGAUAUUUACUCCGGCCCAAUCAGUUUAAAGCAAAUCAUUUGUUUUAAUUCCGAACUAGUUGUUUCCUCCCUCUUCUUUUCUUUUCUUUUUUUCUAUUGUUAUUUUACAAUGUCAGGAAAACAAGAUUAUUAUGGUAGUAACAGUAGCAGCAGUUCGAAUGCCUUGAGCAGACCUGUGAGAAGGCAUCUGGUCAACGUGUAUUUAACACUGGCUGCUAUGUGUGCUAUAGCAACCGUUGGUACACAAGUUGGUGAAUAUCUUGGUCCAGCUGGCUCUACUUUAGGCUCUUUAGGUACCAUUGGAAGUGUAUCAAUGUUUCGUUUUACUUCACCAAAUAGUACAAGUCGGUGGUCUUUACUUGGCACCUAUUCCAUAUUUAGUGGUAUUGCAUUAUCGACCUUUUUAUCAUUCUUUCUAGAUUGGGAUCCAUCAGGAAACAUUGUGUUUAUGGCUCUUUCAUCAGCAGUAUUGAUUUUUCUCGGAUUUUCCAUGAGCGCAGUCAUGGCGAAUCGUCGCAGUAUGUUAUAUGUGGGUGGUUUUUCAAGCACAGUACUUGGAGUGCUUUUAUGGCUGUCCUUAGCCAAUACAUUCUUUUUGAGAUCGGCCUCUGUAUUUUCAUUUGAAUUAUAUGCUGGUCUAUUGGCAUUUGCAGGAUUUGUCAUGUAUGAUACCCAAAUGAUUGUUGAACGUGCAAGUGCAGGAUCAAGAGAUAUUCCCGGCCAUUCGAUGGAGUUAUUUAUGGAUCUUUACUCUUUGUUUAUUAGAUUAGCUCAAAUUCUUAUGAAAAAGGAAAUGGAUCGCGAGAAUGAAAAGAAGAGAAAAAGAGGUCCGAAUCGUUUGACAAGAGACUACUAGUAGUCUCUCCUUUUUUUUUGUAUACCUUAUUGCCUCCUCUUUUUUUUUUU